CUAAGGAUAGAUGAAGUUGUCAGGGUUGAAAUAUGAACCAAGUAAUCCUCAACUACUCAGUCGGAUCCGAUAGACAAUGUCACAUCUAUUGGCAUGGGAUGAACAGAACGUGGCGAUUCCAACCCUGCCCUGACUCCUGACUCCUGACUCUCAAGAUGUCAGCAGAUAUGAUUCAAAAGGGUCGCAUUGGCAGUCUCAAGUCUAGAACAGGCUGCAAGACAUGCAAGAUCCGUCGCGUUAAGUGUGGAGAAGAGAAACCUCGGUGUCUGCGGUGCGCCAGCACGGGGCGACAGUGCGACUAUGCCACCGUAAACCUUUCUCUCUCUCGCGGGCAACCCCCAAGAGUUCACCGGGGACUGUCAACAGUAUCCCCGGUUCAUAGAGAGCGGCGGGCGUUUGAGUACUACUUCUUUCAUGCGGCUCCUUCUCUUUCCGACGCUCUGGAUCUGGGAUUCUGGCGUGGCACGGUUCUGCAAAUCUGCGGCCACGAGCCCGCGGUCUGGGAUGCAAUUGCAGCCUUGAGUACCUUUUACGAGCACCCUCCCUCCGUAGGCUGGCCUGGUUUAUACCGAAUACAACAUACAGACAGGCUGCCCCCCCCUCAGAGUCGUAACCACCGAGAUGCUUUGACGUGGUAUACCCGUUCCCUGAGAAAGAUCCAGCAGCAGAUUCAACGAGGAAUCGCCGACCUGACGGUUGUCCUUGUGAGUUGUGUGCUGUUUAUGUGUAUUGAAAGUCUUCAGGGCAAUAUCAAAGCCGCAUUGGCGCUAUAUCACCAAGGAGCUCAGUUAAUGAAUGGAGCAUCUGCCGACACCCGUGAAACAUCAUUACUCAAGGCGACGCUAGCGCCAGUAUUUGUUCGCGUGGGCACUCUUGUUACGAUUUUUGAUGGGGUUGCUCCCCUACCGGACCGGCUACCAAGUCCACGCACCUUGGAGUCCCGAUUUAGCUCGCUUCCGGACGCCCGAAUCACCCUUUAUUCACUUGUUACUGAUUGGAAGAUAUUUGACUGUGAUAGCGUUGUCGUGCAUCAACAAAAGUCUACAACAUUCAUCAGCCCGGACACGCUCCGCCGCUUGCAAACUCGACAACAAGCACUUGAGGGGGGCCUUCUUGCCUGGCAUCGACGAUUUUGUGGAAUGGAUGCAGUGGUUCAAUAUAACAAAUCUUCCUCACUCAUGUCAGAAGAUGCAGCCGCAAUCCAUGCAGGCUCCCCCUCUGGAAUCAUUGCCAUUCUCCUCAUGACCUAUCUCAGCGCCCUCAUCCUCACCCGGACAGCCCUUACUCCCGCAGAAACAGUCUAUGACGCCCACGAAACGGAUUUCGCAAAGAUUCUCGCCCAUGCACCAGCUGCGCUAGCUUCUACGGCUGUUGAUAAUGGCUAUCAACCUCCGUUCGUGUUUGACAUGGGCAUUGGGCUGCCGUUGUUUAUUACAAUUCUCAAGUGCCGGUCCCCGACAAUCCGUCGCCAGGCACUACGUCUGCUUGGCCAGGCUCCCGCGAUACAGGGGAUGUACAUUUGCCAUUCAGCGGCAGGACUGCUGGCUCUCGUCGUUGCUAUUGAGGAAAGGGGUCCUUCAUGCUCCCAGGAAGAUUUAUCUGUCGCCAGCUUGUUGGAGCGUGUUGGUCGGGUCCCGCGAGAUGGUGAACGGAUUUUCGCUUUGCGGGCGGCGCCGUGGUCUAGUGCGGGAGGGGAGACGUGUACUGCACUACAGUACUCGAGGAGAGAAUGUAUUAAUGGCAAGAUGGCGGUCAUUGAUGAAAUGAUAGUGCUGCCGGCUAGUUCGCCAUGGAAGAAGUUGACGAUUCUAUAGCAGCGCCAAAUCCUCUUGAUAUCCACUGGAGCUCGUAUCCACCAAUGUAUAUGGCAGUGUUUACGAUAUAAAACAAAUAAUUAUCUUGAAACAAAGCACCAAGUCAUGUCUGGGCCCGUGGAUAUUCUUUAUCUUUGGUGUUUGUCAAGAAUCCAAGCCUUCGACAAUAUCGACCGUUUUUACCCCAGCGUAUUCGAAACAAAAAAAAAAAAUAAUUU